CUCAAUUCUGGCUAUGCAACACUGCAACGCACUUCUAAUAAAAACCCUGCCUUUCUCAGCAGAUGGAGCCGAGGAUGUUUCUUAUUUAGUGGUUUAAGUGGAGGCAGAUCUGACACAUUGAGGGGUUUCCCUGCCCUGCAGCAGGCUGUGAGAAUCACCUAGAGGAAGAGACGCAGCCCAGGCAACGGCAGAAAUAGAAGCUGUUCUAACUUGGGAAAGUUGUUCAGGCUCUCUUUGAAUUGACCAACAUGGCUUCAGUACGAGAAGUGUCCAGUUUCACUGAAGACCUGCUGUGCCCCAUUUGCCUCUCCCUCUUUCGGGAGCCCCACAUGCUGGAGUGUGGCCACAGCUUCUGUGCUCCCUGCCUGGAGCCCUGCAUCCCCAAAGGGCAAAGACGAGGGCUCUGCCCCGAGUGCCGCCGACCCUUCGCUUUGCGCCGCAUGACGAUCAACCGAGCCCUCUGCAGCUUGGCCGAGAAGGCCCGGCUUCUGAAGCUCGAUGAAGGGACUCAGUUGAGUGGCACCGGAGGCUGGUACUUCUGUGAGGAACACGAGGAGCCUCUCAAGCUCUUCUGCAGCCAAGAUGAGGAGCCUGUUUGCGUCAUCUGCCGGGACUUGCCUCAGCACCGGGGACACGACUUCUUGCCCAUCAAAAACGCAGUUCAGACCUAUCAGGACCAGCUGAAGGCAUCUCAGGAGCCUCUUGAGGAAGAUCUCAGGCGGCUGAAAAGGAGCCAGUGCCACCAGCAGGAGAACAUUAUCGAAUUAAAGACCUGCUCCGAAUCCUUGUCUGAUCAUAUCUCUGGAGAGUUUGUGAAGAUGCACCAGCUGCUGAAUGACAGAGAGCUGGGCAUAAAACAGGCCUUAGAGAACCAGAGAGAAAAGAACUUGGCUCAGAUGGAAACCAAGUUAAAGGAACUGGACUGCAAGAUGGCUUCACGUUCAGAAACUCUGUGCCGUGUACAGGCCGGCCUUGAAUGCAAAGACCACAUUAGUUUCCUUAAGGAGGCAAAAGAGUUGCUAGAGAGGCUCCGUAAGGAACAAGGAGCUCCAGACGAACCCGAACUAGAUGCUGAACUGGUAGGAGAAGAUGGGCUGGGGGCCAGCAGUGAAGACACAGAUGAGUGUGAGAAUGAGAUUGAUGAAGUCGUUGAUGAGGAAGAAGAGGAGGAAGAAGAAGAAGAGGAAGAGGAGGAGGAGGAAGAAGAAGAAGAGGAAGAAGAAGAGGAAGAACAAGAGACAGCAGAGGAAGAAGAAGAAGAGAAGGAAGAGGAUGAAGAUGGAGUGGUGGCUGUAGAUUUGAACCUGGGCGAGUUUAAAGGACCUCUGCAAUUCUACGCCUGGAAGGAGCUCCUGGGUGCGGUACAUCCAGUCCCUGCAAGCAUCACUUUGGAUUGCAACUCAGCUCAUCCCAGCUUGGUCCUUGUGGAAGAAGCCACCGGGGUCAAGUUCAGUCCUGGCCGACGGUUUUGGCGACGAAAGCUGGAGCGCUUCACCUCUACUCCGUGUGUGGUGGGACGGAAGGGCAUUACCACUGGGCGCUUCUACUGGGAGAUCCAAGUUGGGGACAGCCCCAGUUGGAUAGUGGGGACGGCCAAAAAGUCUGUGAAGCGCAAGAAGCAGCUGAAGUUUCUGCCCAAGGAAGGGGUGUGGGCUAUUGAGCUGAAGGCGGGAGAGUACCAAGCUCUGAGUGAGCCCCGUAUGCCUCUCUUGGUCUGUGGGAGGAUGGAGAAAGUUGGGGUCUACCUGGACUUUGAAGGGGGGCAGCUCUCUUUUUACAACAGCAGCAGCAUGUCCCACCUCUACACCUUCCAAGCAUACUUCCAUGAAGAGCUGCUCCCCUUUCUCAGCACUCAAAGCAGCUACCCCCUCUCGGUGUGGGACCUGGAGCUUUGAGAUCUUAGCUCAGAUUGUAGCGUUGCAAAGAACAGCCCGGUGAAAGUUGAAAACAUUGAGGUGCGUUAGGAUGGCUGUUUUAAGAGAAAGUCCAUUCUAUUCCCUCUUUGCAAGCAGUCACUCGAAGAUUCAAAACUGGUCUGACCUGAUGAUUUAUUUUAUUUUAUUUAUUUGUUUGUCAAACAUGUACAAGAUAACAAGUAUAGGUAUGAACAUAAACAUGAACCAAAGAAGUAAAUACAGAUAAAUGGGGAUUAUGUACACUGAGAGCUUAUGCACUGGGGGCAAAUUCCUUGUCUGCCCAAUCACACUUGGCCAAUAAAGAAUUUCUUUUCUAUUCUAUUCUAUUCUAUUCUAUUCUAUUCUAUUCUAUUCUAUUCUAUUCUAUUCUAUUCUAUUCUAUCUGAGCUGUAGUCAGUGGUGGGAUUCUGCUGGUUUAACAACCGGUUCGGUGAUCACGUGUUUUGUACGCACACAUGCACUCCGGGCACGCAUGUGCACAGUUUUACGAAAACUUACCUUCCGCAUUACUGCUGGGGAGUAACACAGCUGAGGCAUGGCAAUCCAUUCUGCUGUGUGAAUCAGCUGAGAAGAUAUAGGUCAGUAAAGCACAUGGGCAAGAGGGCGGGCCCACCUAAUCGUUGGAGCAAACCGGUUCGCUCCCAGCUGAUCGUCGGAGCUACCAGUUCGCCCAAACUGAUAGAAUCCCAGCCCUAGCUGUAGUGGUGCAGUGGUUAGAAUGCAGUACUGCAGGCUACUUCUGCUGACUGCUGGCUGCCUGCAAUAUGGCAGUUCGAAUUUCGCCAGGCUCAGGGUUGACUCAGCCUUCCAUCCUUCCGAGGUCAGUAAAAUGAGGAUCCAGAUUGUUGGGGGCAAUAGGCUGACUCUAUAAACCGCUUAGGGAAUGAUGCAGGGGUGAAAUGGUCCCGGUUCUGACUGGAUCUGGCGAUCCGGUAGCGAUUGUGGCUGGUGGUUUGGCGAUCCGGUAGCAAUGGCAGAGCGAAGCUCCGCCCACCCGCCCAGGUGUCAUUACUUCCUGGUUUUUAACCAGGAAGUAAUGUGUUUUUUACCUUCUGCGCAUGCCCAGAAGUUUUGGCGCAUGCGCAGAAGGUCUGCCUGCGCGGUGCGUGCACUUCCAAACCGGUAAGGAAGGUAAAUAGAUUUUAUCCCUGGAAUGAUGUAAAGCACUAUAAAAUGGUAUAUAAGUGCUAUUGCUAUUACUAUUUCCUCUAUCCACUGCACUUUGCUCAUAUCAGAAUAUCAU